UUAGUAAAAAAUUUUGUUGGCCCUCCCCCUCACUCACGCAGCAAUGCAGCACACACUCUCAUCCUCACUCAACAUACACAAACACGAAAGAGAGAAGAAAUCAGAGAGGAGAAGGGAAGGAAGGAAAGAGAGGACGACGCCGUCUAGGGCUCCACCACCGUCGCCGUCAUCGUCGAGCGCCAGUGAGAGAGAGAGCUCGAGGAUGAGAGGAAACGCGAUGGAGGAGAGAAAAAGGAGGUGCUUCGUCGCCGCUGAAGCUCCACCACCACUGCUAGGGCUUGUUUAAGUUGCCGUUCUACCACCGUCGGGCUUCUGUGCCCCCGCUGAGGAGCUCGAAGGGAGGAAGGAGGGAUGUAUCGCCGCCUUCGUGCUCUGUCGCAGCGCUGCCGUUGAUUGGAGCUCGCCGCUGAGCUGCUGCACCGUCUCCAAGCCGUUACGUCACCGCUCAUCUCUUCACUGUCACUGCUCAACACCAUCGUCGUAUCCUCUGUCACCAGUUCGAAGGUGUGUAUGAUUUUGAUAGUGAUGAUGAACUGCAAUGGCUAAUUGAGAUACAGAAGGUGCUGGAAAUUUCAUACGUGCGUGCUAAACUAGGGAAAUCAUUCUGUAGGAAAGUGUCGAGCUGCAGGAGUUUUCAUUGGGUUCAUGCCCUCCUAGUAUGGGUCUUCAAGGGAUGCGUUGGUCAACUAUUAUUGAUCAGUAUUCAGGUGGUUGCACGAAAUGGCUAAAAUCCACAUCGCCAUCAUCUUAUUGGGGCUCUGCCUAGUAUGCAAUUCGGCAGGUUUUGAUUCAGACACAAAUAAAAUGAGCAUUUUCUUGGUAUUUCACACUUCUAUUUACACCAAUCCUGGAUGGAAAAGCACUUUUGUAUUCAUUUGUAUCCUGAAUGGCCUGGUGUUUCUUCUUGGCUGGGAAAGCUUUUUGUGAGAGCCAUUCAAGAGCUAUGGCAGUGGUGGUCGCGGUUAUUGCGCGUGGUGGUGGAUACAGAGGAGGAAGAGGCGGUGGUGAUGGUGCUUGCUACAGCUGCGGUGGUAGGUACAACGGCGGAGGCGGUGGUGGAAGCUAUAACAACUGUGGGUAUUCUGGGCUUUUGCAAGGGACUGCCCAACAAGCUCUCGCUGAAAAAUAUUGAGAAAGUGACUCGUAGAGCACAGGAGCAAUUUCAGAUGGUUUUAGAGGAGAAAAGCAGAUUUGCAUUCGAUGUUGAUCUUGAUGCUCCAAAAGUUAGAAUUCCUCUCAGAUCUCGUGGUUCAACCAGAUGUGAUAGUCAUUUUCUUUUGGACUUUGGUCAAUUUACACUACACACUGCGGAAAGCCAGUCUGAUGAGCAGAGGCAUAAUCUUUAUUCUCGAUUUUACAUACCAGGACGUGAUUUUGCUGUACUACAGUAAUGAUCUGCAUCGCAUUUUUGUUGAGCAUAAUUUGUCCUUAUCCUGUUUGUGCCUCUGGUUUUCUGAAGAUUAAAGUGCCUCAUCCAAGUUACCCAUCAACAUGUAUAUCCAUUCAAGUGCCAAAUCUUUGAUGGUAGAAUCCUAGUUUCGAAG